GAGGCGCUGGGGUGUAUGUAGGGUCUGGGGGUGUGAGGGCCAGAGCUGCCUGGCUCCUCCUCCUGCCUCUACUCCAUCUCCAGCUGAGCUCUGCAGCCUGGCCCUGGGCCAGCAGCAGGCUCAGCAGGUCCCAGGGGCGUGGUGGUGACCAGUGGUGGAACCAGCGUACAUCAGACAGGCAAUCGACAAGGGAGCACAGUUCAUGGGCACAGCUGAGCUCGCGGCAGCUGGAGCUCCGAGAGGCAGUGCGGCCAUGAGCCCGCUGUUGUACUAUGCCCUGCCCACCCUGGGCAGCUAUGUCAUGCUCUCCAUCUUCUUCCUGCGCCGGCCACGCCUGCUGCACAAACCCCGGGCUCCUGCCUUCCGUCCCCGCCUGGGGGCCCACCGUGGAGGAUCUGGAGAGAGGCUGGAGAACACCAUGGAGGCCCUGGAAAACUCCAUGGCCCAGCGAGCAGACCUCAUGGAGCUUGACUGCCAGCUGACUCGGGAUGGUGUGGUGGUGGUGUCGCACGACGAAAACCUGUACCGCCAGUCAGGCGUGAACAGGGAUGUGGGCACCCUGGAGUUUGAGGAGCUGCCCCUUUACAAGAAGGAGCUGGAGAUUUACUUCUCACCAGGCCACUUUGCCCAUGGGUCAGACAGGCGCAUGGUGAGCCUGGAGGACGUGUUCCGGAGGUUCCCUCGGACGCCCAUGAGCGUGGAGGUCAAAGGCGAUAACGAAAAGCUCAUUCAGAAGAUAGCCAGUCUGGUGAGGCACUAUGACCGCAAUGAAAUCACCAUCUGGGCCUCAGAGAAGAACUCAGUCAUGAAGAAGUGCAAGGCUGCCAACCCCGAGAUGCCAUUCUCCUUCACAAUGAAACGAGGAUUCUGGCUGUUACUGCUGUAUUACCUGGGGCUACUGCCCUUCAUUCCUAUCCCUGAGAAGUUCUUCAUGUGCUUCCUGCCCACCAUCAUCAACAGGACCUACUUUCCAUUCUCUAGCCCUGUGCUGAACCAGCUGGCAGCUGCGGUUUCUAAAUGGCUUAUUAUGAGGAAAAGUCUGAUCCAACACUUGGAGCAACGAGGAGUGCAGGUGAUAUUUUGGUGCCUUAAUGAAGAGUCCGAUUUUGAAGCGGCCUACAACCUGGGGGCCACUGGCGUCAUCACAGAUUAUCCCACGGCCCUGAGGCGCUACCUGGACAACAGAGUCUCCUGA